CCUUGCUGUAGAAAAGGUAUUUCGUUUAUCAUUCGUACUGAGCAAUCAUUGACUUACCCUCAAGGUCUGUUAUGUGUUUGAUUAAUUGCCUGAUUCUCUACUAUGAACAAUGUCAUUAUUAAUCAUGUGCACUUGGUUUCGCAUACUGCGAAUUCUGUUAUUCUUAUUGUUUUCAUUCGUGUUUCCUUUUUUGACAAUUUGAAUUUUACUUAACAAUGAUAUAUGGGUUGCUUAUAGAGUGACAUUUCUUUCUAUGCAGUGGCUUAAUUUGUAACUUCAAUUCAAGUGAAUUUCAGGAAAAUGUUAUCCUUUGAUAGCAGUUUGGUUAUGAUAUUAUGUCAAAGUGAUUCUUUCUUUCUUUAUUUAUUUAUUUUGAAUGUCAUUUGUAUAUAUAUGCCUGAUGUUUUGAUGGGUCAAUAUGAAUAAUUAUUUUCUAGAUGGUGUUUCGGUAUGAAAGGAUUCACUGCAGGUCAACUGCACAAGAGAAAAGAAAACUCUCUUCAGUCUAGUUGUUCACAUAAGAGGCAUAAGAUCUACUGCCAUGCUGUAGUUUACUCGAUGAAAGGAAAUUGAAAAGGGAUUGCUGUUAGUCACAGACAAGAAGGACGGAUACUUAUUCCUAUAUCCAUUUGGGAGGCAGGUGAGUUUGCAAUAGGUUCCAUUCUUUUUUCCCUUUCUCAUGUUGAUGCUACUACAUUGGUCCUUGGGAUGUUUGCAGGAAGUGGUCAUUGAAGGUCAGGACAAGGUCUUUAAAAAUGUCGUUGAACCAUUAGAAAGUGUCAGUGUAAAUAUGAUCCCAACCAAUAAACAAGAUAUUUGGCACUUUGGACCUCCAUAACAGCUGAUGCUACCAAAAAGACUGACCCUAAGGAGCAAGCCAUGAAAGCUGCCAAGGCUGUGAAAUCAAGACCAAUAUUUAAGAAGAAAGCUAAAAUGGUCAGGACAGAGGUCACAUUCCACCGGCCCAAGACAUUGAAGAAGGAGAGAAACCCAAAGUAUCCGCACAUCAGAGCACCACCAAGAAACAAGCUGGACCACUAUCAGAUUCUGAAGUAUCCACUGACUGCCGAGUCUGCCAUGAAAAAGAUUGAGGACAACAACACACUUGUGUUUAUUGCUGACAUUCGUGCUGACAAGAAGAAGAUCAAAGAUCUAGUGAAGAAGAUGAAUGACAUUCAGACCAAGAAAGUCGAUACUUUGAUUAGGGCUGAUGGAACUAAGAACGCACAUGUCAGGUUGACUCCAGAUUAUGAUGCCUUAGAUGUGGCAAACAAGAUUGGCAUCAUCUAAUUAUGGUUUUGUGGCUAUAGAUCACUAGCAAAGUGAUACCAACAUGUUUUGUUGACUGUUUUGUUUAAAUUUCGGUUUUAACUAGCAAAGUGAGAACUAUAAUUUCUGUUUUAACUCUAAUUCAUUAAAAAUUUAUUUGAUAUGUCAAAUUUUCAAUC